UCUAGAACCAAAGAAGUUGCAAUGGAUUUCAGGAUUUUAGAGGCAAUUGAGAGGAAGGAUAUAGUCACAUUUGCUAGCUUAGUCCGAGAAAAUGAAGGAAUUCUGGAGCAAAGAGAAGCUGAUACUCUGAACACUCCAUUACACCUUGUGUCAAAGUUUGGAUACCUUGAAAUGGCAUCUGAAAUUGUUUCUUUGUGCUCGGACAUGGUUGCUGCUGAGAAUAAGAACCAGGAGACUCCAGUCCAUGAAGCUUGCCGAACAGGGAAUCCCCGGAUUUUGAAGAUACUACUGGAAGCGAAUCCUGAGGUAGUCAGUAACCUUAACAGUAAAGGGAAGAUCAGCGCACUUUCUCUGGCUUGUAGCCAUGGUCAUCUUGAUGUGGUGAAGCUCUUACUGAAAGAGCCUGGGAAGCUGGGUUUCGGGAAAGAAGGGUUUGAUCAAACAUGUAUACACUUGGCCGUGUCUAAUGGACACAUAGAUGUUGUUAGAGAGUUGCUAAGAGUGUGUCCUGACCUUGCUUAUAUGGUUGAUGAGAAAGGAGACUAUCCAUUGCACUAUGCAACUGGCAAAGGAAACCGGGAGAUAACUUGGACACUCCUCAAGCUUGAUCCAAAACUUGCUCAGAAGUACAAUCUCAGUGGUCACACACCCUUGCACUCGGCAGCAAUAAACUACAAAGUCUCAGUCCUUCAAGUGUUUGUCUCGAUGGCUAAACCAGCUUUUCAGAUUGUAACAAAAGCUGGAGAGACGGUGUUCCACUUGGCUGUGAAAUAUGGGCGAUACGAUGCUUUAGUAUACUUGACAUGUGUCUGUGAUCAUAUGGAUUACUUUGACUGUAGAGACCGUUAUAGUAACACCAUCCUACAUCUUGCAGUUUCUGAAGCACAACAUAAGAUAGCGGAGUAUCUGAUCAGCAAAAAGAAAGUGGAGAUAAAUUCUCGAAACAAUGAUGGAUUCACUGCCCUUGACCUCCUCAAACAGAAGAAGGACAGUGUAGACGAUCAGCGCCUUGAAGCAAUGCUAUUGAAAGCAGGAGGUAAAACAAGGAUUGAGCUGUUAUCUACUUCACCAAAAGCAGAUAAAGCCACUGUUCAGCCAGUAACACUUCUUGAGAACGUUUCGAAACGAGCUAAAUUCCAUGAAGAGUAUGAGCUGCAGUUGUCCAUCAUAAAUGAAAUAGCUUCUGCUCCAUCCAAGUCUCCAUCAAGCUCAUCAGCACCUAUGUCCAUGAUGUCAUCACCUUUUCCAUCACCCCAGUCCAGCAAGUCUUCGCCUAAGCUUCCAUCACCGCAAUCCAGCAAGUCUUCGCCUAAGCUUCCAUCACCGCAAUCCAGCAAGUCAUCACCUAAGCUACCAUCACCACCAUCUAGCAGGUCAUCACCUCAGCUUCAGGUAGGGGAAGGCUCAUCACGUCAGCUGCAAGUUGGAUCAGCAUUUGAAGUUGAUCAGGGGCUCGAUUAUGAAGGACAAAAGAAGCAAGAGUUUCUUUUGCCAACCUUUGCAAGACAACACAAGCAUCCUAGCAAAUGGAACCAACUAGAAAUGAGUACUGAGAUUUUCUACAACCGGAGAAGGAAGCAUGAAAAGGUGUACACUGAGGCACUACAGAAUGCCAGGAACACCAUAAUACUAGUUGCCAUUUUGAUCGCAACGGUUACUUUUGCUGCUGGCAUUAGUCCUCCAGGUGGUGUUUAUCAGAAUGGAGCUAUGGAAGGGAAGUCAAUAGCUGGCACCACAAUUGCUUUCAAGGUGUUUGAAAUAAGCAAUUACAUCGCACUCUUCACAUCACUCUCGAUAGUUGUUGUUCUUGUGAGUAUCAUUCCAUACCGGAGAAAGCCAUUGAUGAGAUUGUUGAGGUUUGCACACAAGGUGAUGUGGGUAGCUGUGGCAUUCAUGGCAACAGGAUAUGUUGCAGCCACAUGGGUUAUCAUGCCACAAAAUCAGAAGAACGACUUGUUGUUUAUAGUCUUUUUGACUAUAAGCAUUGGAAUUCUGGGAACAGUUUUUAUUUGGCUAGGUGUUAUGCUAGUGGUUCAUUGGCUGCGAAAGUCGAAGUGGAGGAAAGAAAGAAGAGAAAUUGGGGAGGCUGAUUUGGACCCUGAUAUGGAGAGCCGAAACUCAGACGUUGAUAGCACCUACAAUCAAGGAUAUCAUUCAUAUUAAGAGCCUUCACUUCGGAAUGAUAGUUAGUUUCCACUUUCCAUUCUCUUUAUUUGAAUUAAUAAUGGUGUAUCAUAGGGAAAUCCAUAUGUUGGUAGUGCUUAAUUUUGUUUGUCUUUUUAUCAAAGAAAUAUUUUCUUAAAAAUGUGAUUAUUAUAACCAAGAGGCUAAAUGAGGCAUAUUCAU